AUGCUUGCAACGUUGUCUACUAUGAAUAUAGUGAUAUGGGUAGGUGUGGCUCUAGGUAUUCUGAGUCAAGGAUCUUAUUCCUCGUACACUCCUGCUGAUAACUACUUGCUGGUCUGUGGAUCUUCACAAAAUGUCACCUUUAAUGAUCAGACCUAUGUUCCCGAUUCAUUACAAUCUUCAGUUUCUUUAAAAAGUCAGGGAAAUUCUUUUGUUGCUACCUCCAAUUCCACUCCCCCAUCUCCAAUCUACCAGUCUGCUCGAAUUUUUACGAGCACGACAUCUUACAAAUUUGAUAUUGAGACAGAAGGCCGGCAUUGGAUUCGCCUUUAUUUUUAUCCUGUUCCCGGCCACAAUUUGACCUCAGCCUCGAUCACAGUUGUUACUGAGAACUUUGUGCUCUUGCACAACUUCAGUUUUGAGACUUUUAAUGGUACUUACCUGUUUAAGGAGUAUGCAAUCAAUGUCACAUUGGAUAACUUGGUACUUAAUUUUAUUCCUUCAAAUAACUCUAUUGCAUUUGUUAAUGCAAUUGAAGUUGUUUCUGCCCCGGAUAAUUUGAUCCCUGAUCAGGCAGUGGCUGUAUCUCCCCCUGGCCCUUUUACCUGGCUUUCUGGACUUGCUCUGGAAACCGUUUAUCGUUUAAAUAUGGGUGGUCCCUUGGUCACUGCUCAGAACGACACUUUGGGAAGAACUUGGGAGAAUGAUGUUAAAUACCUUCAUGUCAACAGCUCAGCAACAAAUGUUUCAGUUAACCCUUUGAACAUAAAAUACGGUCCUGCUGUUUCCCCGGAAAUAGCACCAAAUUCAGUUUACUCGACUGCUGAAACCAUGGGAGAUGCAAAUGUAGUCAGCGUAAAUUUCAACAUCACAUGGGUCUUGCCAGUUGAUCCAAAUUUCACGUAUUUUGUUAGGGUACACUUUUGCGAUAUUGUGAGCAAAUCUAUGAACAGUCUGGUGUUCAAUCUAUAUAUAAAUACUGAUAGUGCGUUUGGGGGUCUGGACCUAUCAAAUCUAGCUGGAAACUUGGACGUCCCUGUCUACAAAGAUUUUGUCUCCAACAAUUCUGCUGGUUCGGACACACUUUCUGUUAGUGUUGGUCCGGACACAAGUUCCAAUUCCUUGAAUGCUAUCAUGAACGGCCUGGAAAUCAUGAAGAUUAGCAAUGAAGCUAGAAGCUUUGUUGGACUUUCGGCUGUUGAAACUCUCCUUGAAGUUCCGCCAAAGAAGAAUAAAAUAGGAAUCAUAAUUGGCUCUGUGGGUGGAGCAGUGGCCGCAUUGGCCUUUAUUGGGUUGUGCUAUUGCUGCUUGGCUGCCCGCAGGUCAAGGUCCACCCCACAAGGAAAUACAUGGCUUCCUCUUCCUUUAUAUGGAAACUCUUUGACAAUGACUAAAAUGUCUACUCUUUCUCAAAAGAGUGGUACAGCUAGCUGCAUUUCAUUAGCUUCCUCCAAUCUUGGCCGGCGGCAGCAGCUUACUGAGAAAUCAGAUGUCUAUUCAUUUGGUGUCGUUCUAUUGGAGCUAGAGGAAACCUCAUCUGCUCUCACAGAGCCCGAUGAUAACAGUACAAACCAUAUCCCUGAUAUUCCGUUGACAUCACUUGAGCCAUUUGACAACAGUGUGAGUAUGAUUGAAGGGGUUAAUUCUGGCACAGAUGAUGAUGCUGAAGAUGCUGCCACCAGCGCUGUUUUCUCUCAGCUGGUAAAUCCACGAGGAAGGUGA